GCUCUGUGCUCUGAUCUGCCCGCUCUGAUGGGGUUUCAUGCUUGUGCAGGCAGCGUUGGGGAUCCUGAGGGCAACACGGGUCUCUGCUGCUGAUCUCGGCCUCUCUAAUUCCAACAUAUUGACCAUAUAUGCCUACACAGGACAGCUAAUCUCAAGCUACUGACGGCUAAUGGAUCAUCAACCAAUAACAGUCACUAGAAUCCAAAAAGGGAGCUAAAAGAAGACCGAAUGCAAGCGGCCCAAGGACGACUGGCAGAUAUGAGAGUGGUACUGGUGUGUGCCCUCCUCUCCCUCCUCUCUUUGUCACAUGCCUGUCCGAAGGAGUGUAGCUGCAACGGCAACACCAAAGUAGUAGACUGCCGGGGUCGAGGCCUGUAUGACAUCCCCAAACGACUGCAUCCGGAAACUCAAGAAUUGUAUCUCCAAGAUAACCGUAUCAGGGGGCUGGGAUCUAUGGCUUUCAGAGAAAUACCUCUAGUCCGGAUUCUCGAUCUAUCUAAUAACUCUAUAACCACUGUUUCGCCGACUGCGCUGCUGGGACUCAGAGCUCUACAGCGCCUCAGCUUGGCCUACAACAGCCUGAGAGAGCUUGACAAGCGGUUGCUUGGGCCCAUCCGCACACUUUCACACCUUGACCUUUCACACAACAGCCUGUGGGGUUUGCCUGGAGCCUUGGGGGAAAGUUUGAGGAACCUUAGCCACCUAGGGCUAUCGCACAACAAGCUAACAAGAUUGGACCGCUCUCUUUUGGAGGUCCUGACCCACCUGGACAGCCUCACACUACGAAGCAACCCCUGGAGGUGUGACUGCCAGCUCAUAGGCCUCAAACUGUGGCUGGAAACCUUCAUCUAUAAAGGUGGAGUGGUGGACGAGGUGAUAUGCACACAGCCAGAGGAAAUGAAGAACACAGACCUGCAGAAGGUCCCUUACCAGCUCUUCCACAUCUGCAUGACCUCAAGCUACCAUUACCUGUUUGCUAACAUACAUCACCUGGAGAAUGAGAGGCUACUGCGAGGGCACACCCAUGGUAACCAUGCUCAUCCCUCUAGCCAUGCUAUCCAUGUACCCAUGGCAAUGGGGGAGGGUUUUGGAGGAGGAGGCGGAGGAGGAGGAGGAGGAUCAGGUUUGCCAGAGUGUGAACCUAAGCAAAGGCACCGGCCUGUCAACUUGCGCCAUGCAAUUGCCACAGUGAUCAUCACCGGAGUAGUUUGUGGGAUUGUGUUUCUGAUGAUGCUGGCUGCAGCAGUGUACGGCUGCGCCUACGCUGCUAUCAUGGCCAAAUAUCAGCGGGAGCUUAAGAAGAACGAGGAGCUGGCAGCAGCGAAGGGGGCAGAUCAUGCCAAAGCAGAUGAGAAGGAACUACUGGAGAAUGCUAUCGCCUAGGAGAUGAUAUCUCGAACCCUGGACAUAAACCUGAGCCUCGACCCUUUAACCUAAUCCUCUCUGUGGAUGCUGUGUGUGUGUGUGUGUGUGUGUGUGUGUCUGUGUGUGUGUGUGUGUGUGUGUGUGUGUGUGUGUGUGUGUGUGUGUGUGUGUGUGUGUGUGUGUGUGUGUGUGUGUGUGUGUGUGUGUGUGUGUGUGUGUGUGUGUGUGUGUGGUGUGUGUGUGUGUGUGUGUGUGUGUGUGUGUGUGUGUCUGUGUGUGAGUGUGUGUGUGUGUGUGUGUUGGUGCACGUGUGAGAGAAAAGAAGAGAGUAAGAUUAUUUGUGUGUGUGUGUGUGUGUGUGUGUGUGUGUGUGUGUGUGUGUGUGUGUGUGUGUGUGUGUGUGUGUGUGUGUGUGUGUGUGUCCUUCUUUCUGAGACUUUGGUAGCUAAACUCUACAGGUAUUUCACUAUGCACUGGUGAGAAAAGUAUAUUCUGAUGUAUGCGGGUUCAAGUGGGAAGGCCAAAGAAUCCAAAAGGAAUCAAUUCCAUUUUGUCUGAGUAAUGCGUAUCACGGAUAGGAACUAUAUAUUUAUAAUUGUAUAUUGGUAGGUAAAAUAGUAAAGCUCUGGUAUUUAAAAAAAAAAAAAAAAAGGAUUUCAGAAUUUGUUGUCUUUUGGUUUGUUGUUCAUAACUUUGAGUCUAAAUUUGAGGUAAUUUUGAAACUCAUAGUAGGCAGCUGCUGUCAGUUAGGUUUUGUUCUAAGAUGUUUGUAUCAUUGAUGUGAGAGCAUGAGAAAGAAUGAGUGUUUGUGUCAGUGUUUUAUUUGUGCUUGAGUUUAUGCGCGGAGAUGUUUACUGUAUGCACAUAUUUAUAGAGAAUUUAAGAGUCUGUGCCUAAUAACGUGAUAUAGUUCUGAAGAGGGAAUACAGUAUGUUUUCCUAAAGGAUAUUUUUCUGACAACUACAAUGAAGAUGGGAAAUUCGUUGAAGCAAUAAUGAAACAAACUAAAAAAGAAAACAACAACAAAACUUGGACUCGGCCUUGUUGUUUUUCUAUGACUUUACAGGUUUAUGAGCUUUGAUUAUCAUCCUGCUUCACACGGUCACAAACACACAUCUUAGAUCUACAGCUUUUUUCAGAUCAGUUGAGUCUUGUUUUUGAGUUAAUGCUGAUUACAUAAUGGUAGUCAUGACAUUCAGUAUGUAAUAUAUCAAAUAAACAUGUUAUUGGGAUAUUAUAUUUCUGCUGACAACUAACUUGAGAUGGCAUGCAUCUUUACAUCGAAAAAGUAUCUUAACAAGAAUUUUAAUGGUAUUUAUAAAAAUAUAUAUAUUCACUUUGGAGUACAUUCUACUGUUUAAGUGAUUUUUUUCUUUGUUUACUUACUUUAAAAAAUAUUUUAAUGUUGUGUCAAAUAACCUGACAAGAGAACAUGUUGAAACACACAAACAGUUCUAUUGACAUAUUGUGGUUUAUACUGUACUUGGUAUAGGAGACGCAUCUGAAGGCAUGGUUGAAUAGUGCCCAUAUGUAUUGGUACUGUUACCAGGGAAUUGUAACGUGUUAUACAAUGCAACUGCAGGUAUAUCUGAUUGCUCUCUCUUGACUAUUUUAAUAUUUGUAAAAUAACACAAAGAAGAUAAUCAGUCAAUGUGUGUAGAUUAUAUAACCUAAGAAAGGUUGUUGUGUACGUAACUAGCUACCAUUAUUUUAUCUAUAUAGCAAUAGCUAGCUACUUUAAGCUUACUCAGUGUAGUAUGAAGCACAUGAAUGUGUACAGAUGCUUUUCGUCUUCAUGCCGACCUGAGUUUUGUGACCGUAUAAUACGACAGCACACUAACUGCACGUGGUUAAGCAUGUGACCACAAAAACUGACAUACACACACAGACACGCUGGAAUACACAUGCAUGUUUGUACGGACACGGUAACAUUGUGACUCGAGCGUUAUCUGCAGGGCCCAUGGUGUGUGAUGUCAUCAGCCUGUCCUGUCCAGUUAGUGUAUUAGCGUAUUCACAAGUCUACAGCUCAGUGGAGCGCAGGGAAGUGAAAACUGGCCCUAACCGGUCCACGAUACAUUUGCAUUCAAGCCUACAUCUCUCCUCCCAUCUGACCCUCUUAUAUAAAAUCAUCAUUAUAGACAUCCUCCGAUCUGACAAGCAUGAUCGUAAUUACUGUACAUCAGCACCCAGUGUAACAAAAGGGUAUUCAUGAAACCUUGUCACCGAAUCGUCAUUUGGAUUGCUGCUAAACAGGAUUUGAAAGAUUGAUAUUAUCUUAAAACAAUAGUGAUCAAGUCAACAGUGUCAAAUAAUACCGUGGGCUGGUGUAAACUGUGGGAUGCUUUUGUACCGCUCUGCUAGAAAUCUGAUGCAUUCUCUAUGUGUGUGUGUUUGUGUGUGUGUGCGCAUCGUGGCACUGCACAUACUCUCCCAUCUCUGUCCUUCUGCUCCAGUGGUUUCCCCCAGGCCAAGAGUACCCACAAUGCACUGCUUUCAUGUCAACGCAUUCAGGCACCGUGAAAUAAUUUUCUCCUUCUCUGCCCUUUUAUUUCCUCUCUUAUUUUAUCACUUCAUUUCCCAAAGAUUGUUAUCUUUCUGCAGCAUUUCUCUCCCCUGUCUAUGUAUUUUUCUGUGAUCCCUAGGCUUUUCUAGCCCUCAUCUGUCGACAAGAGAACAUACAUAGAUAGUCAUCAGCAGAGGCUUUCAUAUGAGCCAAAGGCUGUGCAACAUAUUUGUCCCACAUAUGUUGGGCAGUGGAAAUGAGUGAAAUACUUCACAUGCUGCAAACUACUGUAUAUUUGAAUAGAAUACUUUCACAGUCAAGAUAUUUCUUUUGGGUGUUUACAAAAGCUUUUUAUGCAACAUUUAGUGUGAAAAUACUGGACAGGAAAAGACCAUGCAGAGGAUAAACAUAAAGAGUGUCUGUGGCACCUUAAAGAAGCAUAGCUGCCUAAAGAUUAGCAUUAAGCCAAAAACACAUGGAGUCAGUAUAAUUAGCUGGCCUUAACAUGUCCCUUUGAAAACUAGAUGCUGGAAUAAAGAUUUAAAAGAACAA